UUUUCGGACUGUACUGUAUGUUCCGUCAAGGACAGACUUUAUUGAUGUCAAACGUCUCGUCGAUCCUGAUGAAAAGAAAAUGGCGGCUGCUUUAAAUAGUGCAAAAUCAAAGAAAUUUAAGAAAAAACUCGACGAUCUAGGAUGCCCCUACACAGAAGGAGUGGAGGACUCAUGGAUUGCAGAGCUACUGUUCAAACCAGGAGAGUCAAGAAUCAGACUUUUACAAUGGCUUUUCUCCAAGUUUGAUUCAAAACUGAAUGAGAUACUGGAUCCACAAUAUGCUUCUGUAGAAUCAAAAAUGGAUUCUCGUAUUCAAAGACUGUUGUUUGUUGCUUCAAAUCUUGGCUUGUGUAGAUAUGAUGAUGUGGAUUUAAUCAGGGGAGUGGUUCCAGCCAGCAAACAGUCUGCCUUCAUGGAACACUUGAUUGAUGUCGUAGACAUAGCAGACAAAGCAGAAGAUCCCAAAAAUAAACUUUUCAGGGAGGCCGGAGUUGUAAGUGAAGCCAUGUCUCUAGAGGAGCAACUAUCUCAUGAUUGUGCCUACUUGAAUGCCUUGUGUAGUCAUGGCAACAUAGACUCUAUAUUUAGCACAAAGGUGACCUUGUUGCCACCAGAUCUUCAGAAGAAAGUAGAAUCAAGAUGGAGUCAAGGCGGGAAAAGUACUGAUAAAGCACCAAAGCCAGAUUUACAGAGCAUUGAGGCAGAGGCGAUACAGCUUGGUGAUGAUAUGGCUAGACAAGUUGAACUUCUGCAAGAUUUAAAGAAACACUACGAUUACCAGCCAACAGAUGAUUCUAAGCUGGAAACCAUCUGCAAAACAAUUAGUCUGGUAGUAUCUGAAUUAUCACAGCUGGUUACCGGCUUCACAUACUGUUACGAGAAUGAAAUGAAACACUGGUGUAACAAAUCUCCGCCAAAUCUUACACAGCUGGGUCCGGCCUUUAAACGAGUUCAUAGAUUACUACAACAGUUUGUUCAGUUAUUACAGAAUUUGCGAGCAAUAAGAGCAUCAUAUACUGCAUUAAACAGAGACACAGCUGAAAUAGGUCAGCAGAUGCCUGGACAACACGAUACUUCCCUCACAUUAGUUGGAGUUGGAGAGGAAGCCUUGAACAGUUUACAGGAUGUUGUAGACGUUUUGGAAGAGUCUAUCCAAAAUUCUGAGGUAGUCUCAAGUGCACAAACUACCCCGAGAAGUGUUCGGUCAAGAACGUCACAAAUACCCAGUGUUCAGGUGUCGCCGAGGAGUAUUCGAUCCGAGUCCUCUAGAGCUUCCACACUGAAAUUGGAAAGUUGAUAUCGCUAUUUUGAAGAUACUUUAAACUAACUGGAACUAUUCUGUGAUAAUAUUUUAAGGGAGUUAUGUACCUGACCAGAUGAACUUUUGAUGGAUUAAUUCUACAUGUUCCACUUAAAUAGAUGGUAAUUACACUAUUUCGAAAAAAAAGUAUUGAGCAGACAGAAUUAGAUGCAAAUUCAAAGGGAGACAAAUCUGCAUAAAUUGUAUUAACUAAGAAGUUACCUACCUGUUCAACUUUAAAAUUAAUACAAGGACAUGUAAUUGUGUGUCUUCAAGGAUGUUAAAUGCAUUUAUGUGACACACAGGAAAUAGGAGGAAGUGAAACUAAAAACCACAGAACAUUCCUAAGGAAGUGGUUUUCAAAUGUAGUUCUGUUUGCACCAAUAGGAACUAGUCGACUUAACUACGUGUCAAGGAUUUUGAAAACGCUUAUGACAUGUCAGAUGGAAAUUUUACGAUUAAAAUUUUUAGUUUUUAGAAAAAUUACUGAAUAUGCAUUGACAUUACCCUAUUAUGAAUAUUUCAGAUACAUGUACAGUACAUUGCAACAUUUCUAAAAAUUCAUAAAUAAAAAAAAACAUUAAAAAGAAAAAGGAAAAAAAAGUUGAAUUUUGCAGCAGUUUUAAUUUGAUCAUCUAAAAUGGAGUUUACACAGUUCUACAGUGUUUGGUGCUUUUGUAAAUAAAAAAUAAAUAUGUGAAAUUGACACAAUUGUAAUUUUUAAAACAAAAUAUAAUUUGAUAUUAUUGUGUUUAAGACUAUUGAAAUAAAAUAUUUCAAAAGAAA